AGCACUCCAGCCUCCAGGCCCACUGAUGGAUCCACUGGCAAAGGGACCCGGUGGGAGUCAGGUGGCACAAACCCUGCGAUGGAAAACAAAGUCGUCUCUCUCCUUUGGCAUCCAGCCCCUCCAGACGUGGCCAACAAAAGACCCUGAUGGAGAGUCCCAGGUCAACCUCUCUGUCUCGGAAGACCUAGGCUGUAGACGUGGGGAUUUCAGUAGGAAGCAUUAUGGAUCUGUGGAGCUGCUUAUCUCCAGUGAUGCUGAUGGAGCCAUCCAAAGAGCUGGAAGAUUCAGAGUGGAAAAUGGCUCUUCAGAUGAGAAUGCAACUGUUCUGCCAGGGACUUGGCGAAGAACAGAUGUGCACCUGGAGAACCCAGAAUUCCACACCAGAUGGUAUUUCAAGUAUUUUCUAGGACAAGUCCACCAGAAUUACAUCGGGAAUGAUGCCGAGAAGAGCCCCUUCUUCUUGUCUGUGACGCUUUCUGACCAAAACAACCAGCGUGUCCCUCAGUACCGUGCAAUUCUUUGGAGGAAAACAGGUACCCAGAAAAUAUGCCUCCCCUACAGUCCCACAAAAACGCUCUCCGUGAAAUCCAUCUUAAGUGCCAUGAAUCUGGACAAAUUUGAGAAAGGACCCAGAGAAAUUUUUCAUCCUGAGAUACAAAAGGACUUGCUGGUUCUAGAAGAACAAGAGGGCUCUGUGAACUUCAAGUUCGGGGUUCUCUUUGCCAAAGAUGGGCAGCUCACUGAUGAUGAGAUGUUCAGCAACGAAGUCGGAAGUGACGCUUUUCAAAAGUUUUUACAUCUCCUUGGUGACACAGUCACCCUAAAGGGCUGGACAGGCUACCGCGGCGGUCUGGACACCAAAAACGAUACCACAGGGAUAAGUUCCGUUUAUACUGUGUACCAAGGGCAUGAGAUCAUGUUCCACGUUUCUACCAUGUUGCCAUAUUCCAAAGAGAACAAACAGCAGGUGGAAAGGAAGCGCCACAUCGGGAACGAUAUCGUCGCCAUCGUGUUCCAGGAAGGAGAGGAGCCGUCCCCCGCCUUCAAGCCGUCCAUGAUCCGCUCGCAUUUCACACAUAUUUUUGCCUUAGUGAGAUAUGACCAACAAAAUGACAACUACAGGCUGAAAAUAUUUUCAGAAGAAAGUGUACCCCUCUUUGGCCCUCCCUUGCCAUCCCCACCGGUGUUUACAGACCACCAGGAAUUCAGGGACUUUUUGCUCGUGAAAUUAAUUAAUGGUGAAAAAGCCACUUUGGAAACCCCAACAUUUGCCCAGAAACGUCGACGUACUCUGGAUAUGCUGAUUCGAUCCUUACACCAGGAUCUGAUGCCAGAUUUACAUAAGAACAUGCUUAAUAGACGAUCGUUUAGUGAUGUCUUGCCCGAAUCACCCAAGUCAGCACGGAAGAAAGAGGAGGCCCGCCAGGCAGAGUUUGUUAGAAUAGGGCAGGCGCUAAAACUGAAAUCCAUCGUGCGAGGGGACGCUCCAUCUAGCUUGGCAGCUUCAGGAAUCUGUAAAAAAGAGCCUUGGGAGCCCCAGUGCUUCUGCAGCAGCUUCCCUCACGAGGCCGUGUGUGCGGACCCCUGGGGCCAGGCCUUGCUGGUUUCCACGGACGCGGGCGUCUUGCUAGUGGAUGACGACCUUCCGUCGGUGCCCGUGUUCGACAGGACCCUGCCGGUGAAGCAGAUGCACGUGCUGGAGACCCUGGACCUCCUGCUCUUCAGAGCAGACAAAGGAAAAGACGCCCGGCUGUUUGUUUUCCGGCUCAGCGUUGUGCAGAAGGGCAUCACGAGCAAACAGGCCGUGAGGAGCAAGUGUGACUGCAGAGACAACAAGCUUGAGAAAACAAAAGGCUGCCAUUUGUACGCCAUCAACACACACCACAACAGAGAGCUGAGGAUCAUUGUGGCCAUUCGCAAUAAGCUGCUUCUGAUCACCCGGAAGCCCAGCAAGCAGGGCGGGACCACGGGCGGGACCACCGGCGCCUCACUGCUGCCGCCCCUGUCGGAGUCGCCCAUUGAAGAAUUCCAAUACAUCAGGGAGAUCUGUCUGUCCGACUCUCCCUCAGUCAUGACCUUGGUGGAUGGGCCCACUGAAGAGAGUGACAACCUCAUCUGUGUGGCUUAUCGGCACCAGUUCGACGUGGUGAACGAGAGCACGGGGGAGGCCUUCAGGCUGCACCAUGUGGAGGCCAGCAGGGUUAAUUUUGUUGCAGCUAUUGAUGUGUACGAAGACGGAGAAGCCGGUCUGCUCCUGUGUUACAACUACAGUUGCAUCUAUAAAAAGGUUUGCCCAUUUAAUGGGGGCUCUUUUCUGGUUCAACCCUCGGCGUCCGAUUUCCAGUUCUGUUGGAACCAGGCUCCAUGCGCCAUUGUGUGCGCUUUCCCAUACCUCCUGGCCUUCACCGCCGACUCCAUGGAGAUCCGACUGGUGGUCAACGGGAACCUGGUCCACACCGCGGUCGUGCCUCAGCUGCAGCUCGUGGCCUCCAGGUCGGACAUAUACUUCACAGCCAGCGCCGCUGUGCACCAUGAGGUCUUGUCUGGAGGCAACUCCAAGGGGACCAGCACCCAGAACUCUCCUCAGACACCCCCAGGCCGAGAUGCUCCCGUAUUUCCUUCUUCCCUGGGGGAAGGGGAAAUUCAGUCCAAAAAUCUGUACAAGAUUCCACUCAGAAACCUCGUGGGCAGAAGCAUUGAGCGGCCUCUAAAGUCACCCUUGGUCUCCAAGGUCAUCACCCCACCCACAUCCAUCGGCCUCGGCAUCGCUGCCAUCCCUGUCACUCACUCUCUGUCCCUGUCCCGCAUGGAGAUUAAAGAAAUAGCAAGCAGGACACGCCGGGAGCUGCUGGGCCUCUCCGAUGAAGGUGGACCCAGGUCUGAAGGAGCACCAAAGGCCAAACCCAAAGUCCGGAAGCGGCUGGGAGAGAGCCAAGGAGGCCCCACACCUGGAGCAGUGAGGUCAACUAGCAGUGACAGGAUCACCUCGGGCUCCUUGGAAAGUCCUUCUGCUUCCGAAGCCAACCCGGAGGUGCGUUACCACUCUGCAGGCUCCGACCAGGACCCAGGGACAGACAGAGAUGGCAGCCCCAUGUGGGGCGGCAGCCCCUUCCCGCGCCCGGCUUCCUCCGACGAAGACAUUAUUGACUUGAAGUAAACAGCCCGUUUACUUGCCGUCGUUACUUUCCUUACGGGGAUUUGUACUCUGCAACCUCUUCUGACGUCAUUUCUCAACAAAACGCGGCCUCUGACCUGUCUGUGAUCUACUGGACCAAACCCUCCGCGCUCUCAGCCAGUUUGGGCCACUCCAACGUCCGGUGCCAUCUCUCUUGACCUUUGUUUCUUUCUGUUCGGGAACCAUCAGUCCCCUUGUAAUAAAGGUGGUAGGUUUCAACAAGGUUUUAGAGCGAAACUUUGAAUAAAUCAAAAAUGUUCGUUCUUA